AAGUGUUUGAGGAAGUCGCGCUGGGCCGGCAGGUUUAAGAUUCCCGCAUUUUAAUGUCUGCGGGGAGGUGCCAGAGCCCCCGGUUUCGCCGCCCCAGCCCCCGCCUCCCCCUCCUGGGGGAGCGGCUCCCCUGCCCCGCACCCCUGCCAACAGAGUUAGCACGGCAUCAGUAUGAGCUGGUCACCUUCUCUGCCAACCCAGACGUGUGGGGCCUGGGAGAUGAAAGAACGACUCGGGACGGGGGGAUUUGGAAAUGUCAUCCGAUGGCACAAUCAGGAAACAGGUGAGCAGAUUGCUAUCAAGCAGUGCCGGCAGGAGCUCAGCCCCCGGAAUCGAGAGCGGUGGUGCCUGGAGAUCCAGAUCAUGAGAAGGCUGAACCACCCCAAUGUGGUGGCUGCCCGGGACGUCCCCGAGGGGAUGCAGAGUUUGGCUCCCAAUGACUUGCCCCUGCUGGCCAUGGAGUACUGCCAGGGAGGAGAUCUCCGCAAGUACCUGAACCAGUUUGAGAACUGCUGUGGCCUGCGGGAAGGACCCAUCCUCACCUUGCUGAGUGACAUUGCCUCUGCACUUAGAUACCUUCAUGAAAACAGAAUCAUCCAUCGGGAUCUAAAGCCAGAAAACAUCGUCCUGCAGCAAGGAGAGCAAAGAUUAAUACACAAAAUUAUUGACCUAGGAUAUGCCAAGGAACUGGAUCAGGGCAGUCUUUGUACUUCCUUUGUGGGCACCCUGCAGUACUUGGCCCCAGAGCUCCUGGAGCAGCAGAAGUACACGGUGACCGUGGACUACUGGAGCUUCGGCACCUUGGCUUUCGAGUGCAUCACCGGCUUCCGCCCUUUUCUCCCUAACUGGCAGCCCGUGCAGUGGCACUCCAAAGUCCGGCAGAAGAGUGAGAUGGACAUCGUUGUCAGUGAGGACCUGAACGGAGCCGUGAAGUUUUCAAGCUCCUUACCCUACCCCAAUAAUCUCAACAGCAUCCUGGCACAGCGACUGGAGAAGUGGCUGCAGCUGAUGCUGAUGUGGCAUCCACGACAGAGGGGCACUGAUCCUGUGUACGGGCCCAAUGGCUGCUUCAAGGCCCUGGAUGACAUCUUAAACCUGAAGCUGGUUCAUAUCUUGAACAUGGUCACAGGCAUCAUUCACACCUAUCCAGUGACAGAGGACGAGAGUCUGCAGAGCUUGCAGGCCAGAAUCCAGCAGGACACAGGAAUCCCGGAGAAGGACCAGGAGCUGCUGCAGGAAGCUGGGCUGGCGCUGAUCCCUGACAAGCCUGCCGCUCAGUGUAUUUCAGACGGCAAGCUGAAUGAGGGCCGCACGCUGGACAUGGAUCUUGUCUUUCUCUUUGACAAUAGUAAAAUCGCCUAUGAGACUCAGAUCUCCCCCCGGCCCCAACCUGAAAGCGUCAGCUGUAUCCUUCAAGAGCCCAAGAGGAACCUGUCUUUCUUCCAGCUGAGGAAGGUGUGGGGCCAGGUCUGGCACAGCAUCCAAACCCUGAAGGAGGACUGUAACCGGCUGCAGCAGGGACAGCGAGCUGCCAUGAUGAAUCUCCUUCGGAAUAAUAGCUGCCUCUCCAAGAUGAAGAAUUCUAUGGCUUCCAUGUCUCAGCAGCUCAAAGCCAAGUUGGACUUCUUUAAAACCAGCAUCCAGAUUGACCUGGAGAAGUACAGUGAGCAAACGGAGUUUGGGAUCACGUCAGAUAAGCUGCUGCUGGCCUGGAGGGAAAUGGAACAGGCUGUGGAGCUCUGUGGGCGGGAGAAUGAGGUGAGGCUCCUGGUGGAGCGGAUGAUGGCGCUCCAGACUGACAUCGUGGACCUGCAGAGGAGCCCCAUGGGGCGGAAGCAGGGCGGCACGCUGGACGACCUAGAAGAGCAGGCAAGGGAGCUUUAUAGGAGGCUUCGGGAGAAACCCAGAGACCAGCGAACAGAUGGCGACAGUCAGGAGAUGGUCCGGCUGCUCCUCCAGGCCAUCCAAGGCUUUGAGAAGAAAGUGAGAGUGAUUUAUACGCAGCUCAGUAAAACUGUGGUAUGCAAGCAGAAGGCUCUGGAAUUGUUGCCCAAGGUGGAAGAGGUGGUGAGUUUAAUGAAUGAAGAUGAGAAGACCGUUGUCCGGCUUCAGGAGAAGCGGCAGAAGGAACUCUGGAAUCUUCUGAAGAUCGCUUGUAGCAAAGUCCGUGGUCCUGUCAGUGGAAGCCCAGACAGCAUGAAUGCUUCUCGCCUCAGUCACUCGGGUCAGCUGCUGUCUCAGCCUUCUGCUGCCCCCAACAGCUUACCCGAGGCCAUCAAGAAAAGUGGAGAGCUGGUGACUGAAGCGCACACCCUGUGUUCGCAGCUAGAACAUGCAAUGCAAGACACCAUCAAAGAACAGGACCAGAGUUUGAGGGUAACCGGCUGCGUAAAUCCCCACUAUUCCGUGUCCGUCUUUUCCCCGGCAAACCAGAAAAAGAAAACGGAAAGGCAAUCCAGCGUGUCCUCCGUCUCAGUCUAUGCUUAACAACUUCCUAGUACAUGUUAUUACAGCGAUGCUAACAAUUACUGAAGGGGGACAGGCACUUGGUGUGCAGUAUUUCAUUUAACCCUUGCAACACUCCAUUUUCAUGAGGGAGGUGACGUCAUUCUGAGAAGGUCUUUCUCUCCCUGCUGAGUGUCUGUGUGUGGGGAGUACUGUGCGAGACUCGGGGGACAGGGCCACACCCUGUCACAGCACCCCCUCUCAGGGGGCUUAGCAGUAGGUAGUACUAGUUCCAGGGAAGCCAGCCUGACAAAAAGUGAGUCAAGACACAAGUACAUUUUAAGGCAAAGCUUACGUUGCUGAGAGAACCCGAAGUCAUUCCUCAGCUUUUGAAAGGCCCUUUCCUGCCAAGACCGUGACCUGCUAGCUUCCCCCUGACUUCUCAGUUGUCAGAGGAAUCAGACGGGACACCACUGGUGAUUGUAAUCACUUCUUACUUAUUCGGGUGUCCAUCUCCGGUGAGGGGCUUUCUCUGUUCUGCGUCGCUGUGUGUCCUCCUCCUGACGGCAUAUUUUGAGCAUUUCACGGCCGAGGGGCACUCUGCCAGAGGAAAAGGAAGUCUCAUCCGGCCGUUUCAUCUGGUAGCGUUGGAAAUGGGUGGCUGAGGGAGCUCUCAGAGCCACCUACCCACAGCGAGCAUAAGUAAGUGCUGUGAGCCGCCGGUAAUACUGAAACUCCCCGUCUAGUUUCCGUGGUCACAGCAUCUGAGGGACUUCUCACUAGGCCAAGGGAAAGUUCCUGUAUGGUUUUGAAAACGUAGGUUUAGCCCAAGAGUAGCCGUUAAUAACAAAAUUACUCUUAAUGAGAGGAUUGAAAUUUCCCUGUAAAUUAUGCUGAUCUAAACUGUGCUGUCCCGAGGAAGACAAACAACCCGGGGUGUAGUGGUGGCCCCUGUAUUUUUAACGUGCCUGU